AUGUUGACUCCACGAAAACUUCCUCUUCUGAGACUUAAAAUACAUCUACCCAUCCUAAAACCAAAACCCAUCAACACUGCUGCGUUUGCGACUCAUCACAUCAGCGCCAGAUCUCAUCUUUGGCAUCCGCAUAGUGUAGCGCGGACUACGGGUCAUUUCGCAAGAAUCUCGACAACAACGACCUUAGGUGUUAGGAGCAUUGCUACGAUGGCCAACUCCCCAUCUUUCAGUGAUGCAGUGGUUCAGGCCAUGAAAGAAUUGUAUCCCGAGGAGUUAGCUGAUAAGUCAUGGGAUAACACGGGCUUACUUUUAGAUCAAGCUCCAUCUUUCCCGGGUCGAGCAAGCAAUUCAACGCCAACGGUAUUGCUCACUAACGAUCUGACAAAACCUGUUGUGGAUGAAGCCCUGGAAAAGGGGGCAAGUGUUAUUGUGUGCUAUCACCCCGUUAUUUUCAAGCCGUUAAAAUCUUUGACCACCAAGGAUCCAAUGCAAGCCCAGCUUCUUCGAUUGAUAGCGGCAGGUAUAUCGGUGUACUGCCCACAUACAGCUGUUGAUGCUGCCGUAGGAGGUUUGAACGAUUGGCUAUGUGAUAUUUUGGUCGAUACCGAUAAAGAAGUAAGGAGGACGGUUGCCGAGCCCAUAUCCCGACCACUGCCUCAAAGCCUUCAAGGCCAACAAGUCGGGUAUGGUCGUGCGUUUGAGUUGAGCCAGUCCAUCACACUUCAGACUCUGCUAAAACGACUCUCUAUCGGUAUCGGCGGACAGAAAUACCUAAUGGUAGCCCUUCCUCCGACAUUGAGUGAUCUUACAAAGACUCAAGUCAUCACCAAGAUCGCGGUUUGCGCUGGAUCGGGGGCAGAUGUGCUGAAGAAUACUGACGCCCAAGUGCUAGUGACAGGCGAAAUGGCUCAUCAUUAUGCACUCCGACAUACGCAACUCGGCCAGAUUGUGGUCACAUGUUUUCACAGCAACUCGGAGAGAAAGUUCCUAGAACAGAGACUCAAGCCACAGCUGGAGGCUCGACUUAAGGAAUUCGGUCACGGGAACGCGGUUGUGCUCACGAGUAGCGCGGAUAAAGAUCCAUUCGACAUCAUCGAUGUUCGAGGUCUAGCUUGA